AUGGCCCUUCCUAUUGUGGCAACUUUACUCAUAGCUCUUGGCUUGGAAAUUGUUUCUGCAUGGUCUCCCACUGGAGGAUAUGCUCCAGGAGAAGUUGAGUGUCCCGACGUUUCCUCAUUGAUCCGAGAUGGUUCCUCACUAUCCGAAAGAGAACAAGAUUGGGUUGAAGCCCGACACAAGAUCACAGAUGAAAAUCUAAAAGACUUUUUGAACCAUGCGAACCUCUCUGACUUUGACGUUGAGCAGUUCCUGUCAUCUUCCGACCACUCUAUCACGAUAGGUGUUGCCUUUUCAGGAGGUGGUUACCGAGCCAUGUUGUCCGGUGCAGGUCAACUAUCUGCCCUGGAUAACAGAACUACUGGAGCAUGGGAGUAUGGUCUAGGUGGACUCAUUGAGUCUACCACUUAUAUUACAGGACUUUCCGGUGGAAAUUGGAUGCUAGGAACUGUGGUGUUCAACAAUUGGACUUCCAUAGAGGAUAUCCUCAGUGGUGGUGAUAUUUGGGAUCUUGAGAACCCACUUUACAAUCCAGGUGGAUGGAAUGUCUUGGAAACUUCAAUAUUCUGGGACGAUGUUUCCGAUCAGUUGGAUGAAAAGGAAGAUGCCGGAUUUGAAAAUUCUUUGACUGAUCCUUGGGGUAGAGCUUUGUCAAGACAGUUCUUCCCUAGUUACCCAAGUUUUGGUGCUGGACUUACGUUCUCUACGCUACAGAGUUUCCCCGAGUUCACUAAUCAAGAGAUCCCAUUCCCUAUCCAUGUUGCAGUAGGAAGAACUCCUGGGAGUCAAAUUAUUUCUCUAAAUUCGACAGUUUUCGAGUUCAACGCAUUUGAGAUGGGCUCAUGGGAUCCUUCAGUGUACGGGUUUACUGAUUUGACAUAUCUUGGUACUAACGUUACCAAUGGUGUUCCAAAUAACGCAGAUGAUGAGCGUGGUUGCAUUGCUGGAUUUGACAACACUGGUUUCGUGCUGGGAACUUCAUCCUCGUUGUUUAAUCAGUUUAUUCUGCAACUGAAUACGAGUGAUCUUUCAGGAGCAAUUUACCAAAUCAUUGAGCAUUUUCUGACUGGACUUAGCGAAGACGAAGACGACAUUGCUAUCUAUUCCCCCAACCCUUUCUACAAAAGUACGUAUGCAGGAGUAGGUGCCAUUGCGGAAAAUGACACCCUUUACUUGGUUGAUGGUGGAGAGGAUAACCAAAACGUCCCUCUGCAGCCUCUACUUCAAAAGGAGCGUGACGUUGAUAUCAUCUUUGCGUUUGACAACAGUGCAGACACUGACCUCUCUUGGCCAAACGGUUCAUCAUUAGUCAACACCUACAUGAGACAGUUUUCUUCUCAAGCAAAUGGAACAACGUUCCCUUAUGUACCUGAUACCACCACUUUCCUAAACUUGAAUCUUUCGAGUAAGCCAACCUUCUUUGGUUGUGAUGCUAGAAAUUUGACAGACAUUGUUGAAGGCACGGAUCACAUUCCUCCCCUGGUUGUUUAUCUGGCCAAUAGACCUUUCUCGUAUUGGAGUAACACUUCAACUUUCAAGUUAGACUACUCUGAAUCCGAGAAGAGAGGAAUGAUCCAAAACGGUUUUGAAGUGUCGUCUCGUUUGAACAUGACUAUUGAUGAAGAAUGGCGUACUUGUGUUGGAUGUGCAAUCAUUCGUAGACAGCAGGAGAGAUCCAAUGCAACACAAACAGAGCAAUGUAGAAGAUGUUUUGAGAAUUAUUGUUGGAACGGUGAUAUUGACACUUCCACCGAAGAUAUCCCCGUUAAUUUUACCACUACUGGAGCAACCAAUGAGGAGAAUGACAACUCCACUUCAAUAUCAUCGGCCAAUUCGGUAGCACCUUCCAAACUUUGGUACCAAGCACCAUUGCUGUUGGUCGGCCUUGUCGCAUUCUUCAUCUAG